AUGGAGAGUGCAACUGCGUCGGAUUUGCCAGACCAACCUCCUGUUGGAGGAGUCACGGAAGUGCAACCACGAUCCUAUCUUGAAUCUGUGGUUGGAUCUGGUUCCAAUACUGCACCUUUCAUGAUUGCUAAUGACAGUUCGAAUGAUAUCUUGGGUGAGGAGGAAGAGGCUGAUCCAUUGGUGCUAGAUGAUGAUCCUACUUGUCCCACAAUUCGUCUUACGGAUCAGGAGAAGGAAAGGAUCAGGGAACCGUGGAGGAAGUCCCUCAUCAUUAAAGUUGUGGGCAGAAAGGUAGGUUAUGCAUAUCUGUUAUGGCGUCUGAAUACUAUGUGGAAACCAAAGAUUCGAAUGGAGCUUAUUGCCUUAGAAAAUGACUAUUUCUUUGUCAAGUUCGGUUCUGUGGAGGAUCUGGAAUUUGCAAUGUUCGAAGGCCCGUGGAUGGUCCUCGAUCAUUAUCUGAUUGUCAAACAAUGGGUACCGAACUUUGAUCCGCUGACGGAUACUACUGAGAAAGUUCUUGUGUGGAUUAGAUUUCCGAAUCUCCCCGUCGAAUAUUAUAAUAUCUUAACUUUGCGCAAGAUUGGGAAUAAGCUAGGGUGGACUGUUCGAGUUGAUCACACGACAAGCCUUGUUUCGCGAGGCAAGUUCGCUAGAGUGUACGUUGAAAUCGAUCUUACUCGCCCUUUGAUCUCCAGGUUUACGUUGGAAGAAAAAGUGUGGCAGGUGGCAUAUGAGGGUAUGCACCUUGUUUGCUUUUCUUGUGGGCUCUAUGGUCAUAGAAGGGAGAUAUGCCCUACGCAUCCUCACACUGCUACAGAAACAGAGGUUCCGCGACAUGAUGAUGCAGGUGCACAGGGUCCUGGUCGUGCUUCAUCAGCAGAUGGGGGAAUUUUGCAGCAGAAUUUAUCUAAGCACACUAGCGCACCAUACGGAUCCUGGAUCAUUGUUACACGCAAGGAGCGUCGUCCGAAAGGACGUUAG